ACCAAUUAUACAGCUUCGGUGCCGAUGCCCGGUUAACAGUUCCUGAUCGAUUUUGCUAAGACCGGAACCAAGCAGCGGGAAUCUCUCUCUCUCUCUCUCUCUCUCUCUCUAAAAUCAAUUUUUUUUGCUGCUACCAAGUAGCGGGUAAACACUCUGCUCCUCGUUCUCGAAGUCUCUCUCUGUCAAGGAGUAGGCGCCAAGUAGCGGGGAUCUCUCUCUCUCUCUAAGCAUUUUUUGGUGCUACUAAGUAGCGGGAAAACACUCUUCUCGUCGUUCUCGAAGUCUCUGUAGGAGCAGGGUUUCGUUUGGCAAGCAUACUUGUUUUUCUUUAGUGAGGGAGGAGCAGGGGCAAGCAUACUUCUUUUUCCUUAGUGAAGGAGGUAGCAGCCUCGGAGCAUUCCAGCCAUGAGUACCAUGAAGUUCUGCCGCGAAUGGUAUCUCUCUCUCUUUCCCCUGCAUUCUCAUUGUCCAUUUCUUAACAGUGAGCUAUGUUCUUCCCAUGGUUUUUGCAGCAACAACAUCCUCUAUCCUAAGGAAGACCAGGAGCAUAAGCAGCUCCUCUAUGCUUGCCGCAACUGCGAUCAUCAGGAGGUUGCAGAUAAUUAUUGUGUGUAUAGGAAUGAGAUUCAUCACUCAGUUGGUGAGCGGACACAAGUGUUGCAAGAUGUAGCUGCUGAUCCUACUCUGCCUCGCACUAAAACUGUUCGAUGUACAGUUUGCAACCAUGGGGAGGCUGUAUUUUUUCAGGCAGCAGCUAGGGGAGAGGAAGGUAUGACUCUCUUUUUCGUUUGCUGCAAUCCGAAUUGUGGACACAGGUGGAGGGACUGAUGUGAUAAUGCUUCUAUGACUUUGCAAGAUUCCAACAGGUUCUACUAAUAUAUAUAUUAGUAGUAGUGGUGUUCUAUUUGGGUAUGGUUAUCCUCAUGAGUAUUGUAAGGAAAUUGUUCCAGGUCCCCAACGGCAGCAAUUUUGCAUGUCUUUUUGUAUUGAGUUGUGACCUUUCCAAGAAUAUUGAUGGCUGCAUGCUCACUGAUAGUAUGAUUUUACAGCGAAAUUUAAGUAUGUUAAAAAAUUCGCUUUUGGGUAGUGAAAUUUUUAUCAUUUAC